GUAUUUUGCUCAAUUUUAUUUUUUUUAUGCUUGAUAGAUCAAUACCAUGCGUAAGAAAUUUCAUAAUUUCAUUUCUAAUUUUUUUUAAUAGAAAAAUUAACAGUUUUGAUUGGUUCGUUUUAAUUCUGUAAGCAAUGCUAUUGGUUCUGAACGAUGACCAAAAAGAACAUCUUGCUCUGCUCUCUAAUGUCGAUGAAGAGGUAGCGAAAGAGUUUUGUCGGAUCGCCGUCGAUUUUAUCAAAAAUGGCGUCAAUAUGAAAAAGUAUCACACAGCCGCGCAGAAGUUAAGUUUGGAAGCGAGGCUAAUACGUGAAAGUGUCGAAGCCAUCAUGCAUAUUUUAUCAGAAUGUGCGAAACUCGAGAUAAACGAGGUAGAUUUUAAAGACUCGGUUUUAGCCGUUGGUUUGUCACAAGAGUUAAACGAUUGUUUAUUAGAAUUUUAUCUGGAUAAUCGAGACAAAAUUCGUGGUAUCCUUGACGACAUGUCUCUAGUGCUGCCGCAUUAUGACGAUUUGGAGUGGCGGUUUGAUGUGCAACUAGCUAGCCGUUCGUUAUCUUGUCAAACCGUUCCGAAAAUUAUGAUGAAGUUCCAUUUGAAAAACGGAGUCAAAGAAGACAUUAAAGUGCUGCAAACGGAUCCAGUGAAUUUAUUACAUAUGACGCAGGUGUUGGAGGGAGCACUAGCUGAAAUCAAGUCGGCUCACUGUCGACGAAUCACGAGAAAUAUAAAAUAGUAACUGUU